AUGACGCGCUAGCAAGAGACAGAGGGAAAUCUAAAAGUUAUGAAUGAAAAUUAAGUUUACAAUUCUAAAGAAAAAUUACUUGACCUCAGCCCAUAAAAUAUUGGAACUCUCAAAUUGAGAAAUGAAUGGAAUCCAGAUUUAGCUAAAUUGAAAUCUAUGCAUCAUGAAGAUGAGGUUGGACUGAUUGACCAAUCUAAAGAUUAGCCGAAAAUGAACAAGUCAAAAUCUAAAAUAUUUGAGAUGCUCAGUCCAAGCAAGAAGCUAGCCAUGAAUGAUUAGAAAAAUCAUCCUAAAUCGAAUAAAAAUAUAGACAAAGGAGGUGACUACUAGUAAUGGCAACGAGAAUUGACUGCUAAUUUCGAUGCAAAUUUACACAAUUCCAUGGAUGAACAGGGAUCCUCUGCCAGAUAGGGUCAUGAAAGGAACAUCAACCACAGAGAUCAAUACUAUUUGCAAAAAGAAAAUCAUAACAUUAAUAAUAAGAACUAGAGUACAAUCAAUCAAGAAGCCAGACUCAGGCAGUAAAGAGUUUUUGAAAAGGAGCAAAUCCUAAAUAAAAAACUGAAUUUCCUGAUUCAAAAUGAGGAGGAAUAAUUCAAAUUUCAAGAUCUCAAUGUCACUGACAACUCUCCACAGAAUGCUCAAUUCAAUAAAGGAUCUCAUUAGGCCUCAUUAAGAACAGAGAGUGCUUAGCCUAAUGAAAGAGAAAAUUCUUCUUGUUAAUAUGAUAGUCCUAUUCCUAACAAUUUUCAUGGAUCUCAUAACAUAGAUGGUAUUAAAGGAAUUUUACAGCUGAACUAGAUUCAAAUCGAUCUGAUAAGUGCUAAUGAGGGUACUAUGAUUAGUAAUGGUCUAUCUAAGUUUGACCAAAAUAACUAGGAACUUUUACACAGACAGCUUUCCUUGCAGCAAAUUUAGUAACCCUUUUAUCAGUAAUCUUCUUCAUCAUCUGACGAAUACAUGCGCAGGGUAUUGAGUAAGCAGGAGAUAAAUUAAAAUACUCCCAAAUUUAAAAGUAAUAAUAUAAUGGUAAGGUACCCUUCGCAGUAGGACCGAAAAUCAUCUAGCUUUUGCUCAGUUUCCUAGCAGUCCAGCAUAUCUAAUGUAGUCCUAGAAUAGUAACGUAAGCAUUAAUAUAAUGAAAUAAGAGAUACAGAAAUUCGCAUGGAUGAUUUACUUCUGCAACCUAAAUAGUCUUCCAAUUUUUAUGCUAACCAAAGAUUCAACAAGCAGUUUUUUGAGGACUUAAAAAACUAGUAGAUUGGCUUUGCAACCGUACUUCAAGAGAGAAAGAACAACUAUCUCACCUCAUAGGAUCAGACACACAGAUCUCAGAAUAUAAGUUUCUCAUAAAAUAACAACCAAACUUUUAAGUAACAUAUGCAGUAACAAUAGUAAGAGUAAAUUGAUUGCCAGGGUUCUGGUUAAAAUUAAAAUUUGAAAUUACUCCUAGAUUAAAAGUCAAGAUUUAGAGACAGCAAUCUUUUAGGCGAUGAGUGGAAUAUGAAGAGGAAAAAUUCUAAUUUCUUGACUGAUCUCCUGACGAGGAUUGAAUAAAAUAAUCAACUCAAAAAGAGUAUAGAGAGAGCAAUAAUCUUGUUUAAUGAAAAGCCUAGGAAAGGUAUAGACUUUCUAAUUAAGAAUAACUUCAUUGAACACGAUCCAGUAAUGAUUGCUGAAUUUUUAUUGACCACUCCAGGUCUAAGUAAAUUUGCCAUCGGCUAGUUUAUAGGUCUUAAUGAGCCUCUAUCGCUUGAGGUGCUUAAAGAAUUCUCCAAUAAGAUAGAUUUCAGAGAGUUGGAAGUGGAUGAAGCCUUGAGAUUAUUCCUUCAGUAGUUUAGAUUGCCUGGUGAGAGCUAACAAAUCGAUAGGAUAAUAGAGUAAUUCUCAAACACUUACUAUGGUGAUAAUCCCUCAGACUUCAGGAAUGUGGACGGAGUCUAUGUCAUGGCCUAUUCAUUGAUAUUCCUUAAUACCUUAAAUCACAACUCGAAUGUAUCUGCAGCCAGAAAGCUGACAAAGUAGCAGUUUAUUUAGCAGAACAAAUAUGAGAACCCAGAUUACCCUACUCAGAGACUAGAGGAGAUGUUUGAUAGAAUAAUGACUAAUGAGUUCAAGACAGAUACUCUUUUUGUUGAGAAGAUAUACGAACGCAUAAGAGCCUUCAACCAUGAAGAGACAACUAAGGAGACAAUUAAGCUAAGUACUAAUGUGCUUCAGUCAGGUGCGAGCUUUUUAAAGUUCGGGCGAAUGGGCAAACCACAUUUGAGGUUUGUGUAUGUGUCAGAUGACGAGCAGAACCUAUUCUGGUGCGUGCAGAAAAUGAAUAACAGAAAAUCUAGGAUAAAAUGCAUCAGAUGUGAUGACAUUGUAGAUAUUAGGGUAGGCUAUAAUUCAACUAAGGUACUGGUUAAGCACUAACUGCCUAUUGAAUUUGAUGACUUAGUCUUCUCCAUACUCACAAAUACAAGAACCUUAGAUCUCCAGGCUCAAAACUCUGAGAUAAGAAACAGAUGGGUAAAGUUCUUGAAGAUUUUGAUAAAUGAAAAAUAAAAUCAACAGAAGAUUAGAGAUAAUUGCAACUAGUUAGAGAUAUUUGAAAGAAAGCAGAGAAUAUAGCACGAAUUGGAGGAGAUUUGGGAAAACGAUAUAAUGACUAAUUUCUCAGAUCACUGGGAUUACUAGAACCAUUGUCCAAAGACCCAACUUAAGGAAUCUAAAUUUAGCAAGACCUAUGCUGCCAAUAACUCUAGAUCAAAUGGCAAAAAGAAGCGGGGUUGGCUUUGUAAGAUAAACCCAAAGACUUGCUGGUAAGAUCAUAAUAACAAGAGAUUACUAAGGAAUGAAACGAAAAGACUGAGAGCUAGUGCUGGGGGAGCUAAUGAUGGCCACAUGUCUAAUAGAAGUUACAACGACUAUAGUCCUGAGAGAUACCCAGCUGCUGAUUUCGCAUUCGAGAGCUAAAGCUAAGGCUACUUUCUAGAGAACCUAUGGAGAAGAGGCAUUCCGCCCAAAUUUAGAAGAAAGAUUUGGCCCUUCGCCAUCUAAAAUAAACUUGAGAUCACUAAGUAAUUAUACAGAAUUAAUCUAAGAGAGGGUCUAAGUGUAGUCAACAGCAUUUAGAAGUAGCUGAGAACUCAGAAAAAGGGCUUGUAAAAGCAGAUACUUGAAAAGAUCGACUAGGAUAUUAAGAAUACUCUUUAGACCUUUAAAGUUUAUUUUCAACGAGAGAGCAAUCUCAGUAUGAAGUUCAGCACUAAUGUCAAAGAAGGUAGUUAGUAAGAAGAGAUGAAGGGAAUUUUCGAUCUGGCAAAGAGUUUGGAGAAAAGUAAGCAAGAUGAGCAGGACUCUGAUUAGAUCAACAGCAUUCCACCGAUGAUGGAAGAAUCCUACUAAUCCAAUUUAAAGUAUGAGACUCUCUUUCACAAUAUCUUAUCUUUCAUCAUGCAGAGACCUGAUAUUGGCUAUUUGCCUAAUGUGAGUUACUUGGCUGGAAUGUUCUUGAUAUAUUGCAACGAAUACGAUGCUUAUGCAAGUUUUACAAACUUCAUUCAUGGACAUUACUUCCUUGACCUAUUCAAAGGUCAAUUAUCUGAUAUUAAGCUAAGAAUAAACCAGUUCAAUAAGCAUUUCCUAAAAAUGAUGCCAGACUUAUUUAAACAUUUUGAGACACUAGAUAUAACUACUGAUUUGUAUUUGAUUGAUUGGAUGCUUACCUUGUAUUCUAAGAAUAUGGAUUUGGACAUUGUUAGUCGUAUUUGGGAUAAUUUCAUGUUGGAUGGAGAAAUAUUUGCUAUUAAAACAGGUUUAGCUAUCUUGCAGUAUUUUGAAAAUCAGUUCAUUAAGUAAAGCUAUUUCUAGAUUGUCAAGCAACUUAAGACCCUCUAAGGAGGCAUUAUUGAAGAAGAUAAGUUCUUCACCUUGAUUGAUGGUAUCAAUAUAGAUUCAAAUAGCUACUACGCUGACAUUAAGAUGCAAAAGUGGAGUUAUUAAAAAUCUAAGGUACUAGGUAGUGUUUUCUAAUGA